ACAUCUCAUCUCUCGUGGCUAGUAUAAAUUCCCCGAAACAAAUAUUCUCGCCCCUUUUCUCUCUCGCUCUCUCCCCUGUUUGUCUGCCCAUUUCGUCUCGCCGCCGCCGCAGCUCUCUCUGACUCUGUCCGCCGUUGUGUUCAGUUGCCGUUGCCGUUGCCGUUGCCGACGCAGCUCUAAGUUCAGUCCACGCUGCCCAGCUGACUCUCGAAUUGGCCAAGUUGGUGAAUUCUGGGGCCAUGUUAACUGAUGAUUCUGCUGGAAGCACUACUGAGUUGGGAGAUGAGGAUCACAGUGUGUCCGGUGAUUCCCUGUCUGAAUGGCGAGCCUGUGACCAGGUAGAUAAUGAUAGCCCUUCUACAUCUCCUCCUUUUUGGGACACUGAUGGCGAAGAUGAUGAUCCAGGACCCGGUCCUUCAAAUUUAUUCGGAGGACAUACCUGGAAAAUCAAAAACUUUUCAAAGGAGAAGAAGAGAGAAAUGAAAAGUGAACCAUUUGAAGCUGGUGGUUUUAAGUGGUAUAUUCUAGUUUACCCUCAAGGAUGUGAUGUCUCCAAUCACUUGUCAUUGUUUCUAUGUGUCGCAGAUCAUGACAAACACCUCCCAGGAUGGAGCCAGUUUGCACAGUUCACCAUAGCUGUGGGCAAUCUUGAUCCUAAGAAAGUUAAAUAUUCCGACACCUUGCACAAAUUCUGGAAAAAGGAGCAUGACUGGGGAUGGAAGAAGUUCAUGGAGUUGUCAAAGAUUCAAGAUGGUUUUCUUGUUGAUGAUGUUCUUGAAAUCAUAGCUCAAGUUCAAGUUAUUAGGGAGAAAGUUGACCGCCCUUUUCGUUGCCUUAAUCGCCCAUAUCGCCGAGAAUUACUCCGUGUCUAUAUGACAAAUAUAGAGCAAAUUUACCGGCGCUUUGUUGAAGAACGCAGAAAUAAACUUACCAAGCUCAUUGAGGAUAAAAUGGGAUGGUCCAGUUUCCGUGCUUUCUGGCUUGCAAUUGACCCAAGCACAAGACGUCGCAUGUCCAGAGAGAAGAGCGACAUUGUAUUGAAAAUAAUUGUGAAGCAUUUCUUUGUAGAGAAAGAAGUAACUUCAACAUUAGUUAUGGACUCCCUGCAUACAGGAUUGAAGGCACUCGAGCACCAGAGCAAGGGGAUGAACGGUAGAGGAAGAUUAAUGGACUCAGAGGAGUUGUCAACGUCUAUGAUCCAUGUUGAUAUGGACAUGUUUGUUUUAUCUGGCGAUGUCCUAGCUUUGCUUGAGAGGGCAGCUUUAGAACCCCUGCCUUGUCAACCGCUGUCUCCAAAGGAUGACAAAUGCUCCCAGAGUCGCACUAAGGAUGGUAGUUCUGGAGAAGUUAAAGUCUCAAUUGAGCAUGAAGAAAAGCGCCUAACUGAGUUCAGUCAGAAGAUACUUGAAACAUUUGUUCUCUCUCAUAUAUUUAGUGGGAUUGAGGUCGCUUAUCAAGAAGCUGUUGCUUUGAAGAGGCAAGAGGAGCUUAUUCGUGAAGAGGAAGAAGCUGGGCUCCUUGAAAAUGAGAUGAAGGGGAGGCGUAGCAGUACCACUGAUAAGGAGAAGCGUGCAAAGAAAAAACAGGCCAAACAAAAGAAGAACAAUCGGAAGGUUAAAGAUAAGGAUAGAGGCGAAAAAUCUGAUUCAAAUUUUCCUGAGAAGGAUGAAGAUGAAUGCACAAUUCAGGAUAUGGAUGAUUCUAAGCAGGCAGGACAAGUAGCCAUGAAAGUUGAUACCUCCGAGGAAGGUGCUUCAGAUGUAUCAGACAAUUUAGAUGGGAUAGUUGAGGUAUGUCAAACUAAUGUAGGUGACAAAAUUUCACAACCUGUGAAUGCAAUGAAUGAUGUUGGCAUUGAGACGGAAAAUGUCCACACUCUGAAGAACUCUGUUACGGAGAACAACUCAUUGUCAUGUUCAUCGGAAUCUGGUACUAUGAACAUUAUAAAAGGCAAAAGAACUACCUUGGUAUCACCUAAUAGAGGGAGAACUCAGCGCAGCAGGGCCACAAGCAGCAUGAACAAUGCCGAAGAUGAGGAUGAUCUUCCCUCAAGCACUGCCAGUUCAGACCGCAAUGCAUCGGACUGUGGACCGGCUCCAAAGCUUGACCAGGAGACUGUUAUACUCACCUUAAAAGAUAGGCUUGAGAAGCUUGGGCAACGUCUACAUGAGAAUUCAAUGCAGCAGCAAACACCGGAACUGCUGUUGCUAUUAUAUUGCGGGAAGGAAGUUGAGGGCAGGAAACUACUCAAGGCUCAUUUGGAAAAGAAAGCAGCAGCUGACGCAGCAUCCUCAUCAAGCUCUUUGGAAAAGAUCCAUAAUGUUGUGAAGAGCCCAGUGCGACCCCCAGUAACUAGUUCUGAUGCAAGUAUGUGUGCACGGCCUCCUAAGUCCCUACCUGUAGACACCAAUGGUGCCAAUGGAGUCACUCCAGCAGCGCCAAACACCACCAGAAGCACAGAAUCUGGACCUAUUGUCGCUCCCACUCCAAGUAAGGCUGAACCAGUCUUGUCCAAAGAACAUGUGUCAAGUUCGAACCUGAAAGUUGAUGGAGCUACUCCAGUCACCUCAAGAUUGCUGCCAGUUGAUAAAGCUGCUACACUUCCUUCAAGCUUGCUACUGGUUAAUAAAGCUACCCAAGCUCCCCCUGAAUCACCUGCACCACGGGUUGCUAAGGCCACUAAUGCUAUUCCAGCUCCCCCCAAAUCAUCUAAAUGUCAGGCUGACAAGGCUACUAAAGCUAUCACAGCUCCUCCAAGGUCACCUGCACCACAGGUUGAAAGAGUUGCUAAAGCUAUUCCAGCUCUGCCAAAAUCACCUGCACCUCAGGUUGAUAAGGUUGUGCCAGUUAACGCGGUAUCACAGUCUAAUUCAGAAGCUCGAAAAAGUAUUGUUUCUAAAAGGACUGCUGUCUCUUCUGUUCCACAAACUCCAACUUCAGCAUCAAGGCCUUCAAGUGCUCCUCUGUUCCAGGCACCAAGAGCAACUUUAACACCUACAUCUGCAGUUCAAGUUCCCCCAUUGCUGUCACGUUCGCUGAGUGUGUCUAGACAAUCCCGCAUUGAGCCCUCCUCCCCUGUCCCAAGUUAUGUACCACAGACCUACCGAAAUGCCAUGAUCGGUAAGGGUAAUCUUGAUACGACCUUGUCAAGUGUUGAUAACUCAUCUUCUCUAGGCCAAAGCAAUGCACUUUCGCAACCACUAUCAACAUAUCCAUCGGCAACAUCUGUUAUGGUGCCUCCUCUUGGACGGAAUGUCCAGUUACCUGGUAAUCAAGGAUUCAUGUCUGGGCUGGGCAAGUUGGAAGUUCUUGAUAAUUGGCACCCGUGGAAAGGUGGCGGUGAUGCUAGCAAACACAUGUGGAGGGAUGGUGCCUCUACUCCAUACCAACAGAUAAUCAAUGCUGAUGCACGCAUACACCCUUGGAAUGAUAAUUCUUAUCAUCCAACAAGCAACAGUAAGACAGAAGAAGGCAGGUUUGGGGGAAUUCCACAUAGGCGGUUCCAGAGGGAUAUCCCUACAAAUUUGGUCUCACAUCAUCAGCUGCAGGGUUCAGUGGGUGAAGAAUUUCCGCAUCUUGAUAUAAUCAACGACUUACUUGAGGAGGAACAAAGCAAUGUGAGCAUGGCACAAUCUCCCCUCCAGGAAUACCGUACAUUUGGCUUGCCAUUUUCUCCAAGAGGCAACUUAGCAGAGGCUGACAUGGCUUCUUUAAGUAGUUCUGGCCGGUUGAACCUAACCGACCAUUACUAUGACGAGGGUUACCUGGGGGCUUAUGACAGGAUGAAUGCUCUACACAGGCUGAGAGAGGGACAUUUUUCCACAUCGGACGCUUAUUCCAAUGGAAGGGUGGACUCUGUUUCAUCUAAGCCUUGGCUUUAUAGCUAUCCUAAUCCAAUGGUGCAUCCUGGAGUUAACCCGAAUGCAUUUCCACAGCAGGUAGGAGAUUACACCAAUCAUGCGAGUGGGAGGGUGAAUGAGGAAUACCUCUAUCGCCGUGCCAACGGGCAAUGGUAAUGCAUGUACACAAUCCAGAAUAAUGCCAGGUCGAAGGUUCGCCAUGGCCUUUGAUUUGUAAUUUCUCAUUUGAAAAGGGCAAAAGAAAGGUUCAUCAUGUAAAUUGCCGUGGUUAGUCUGUUCUAUUGCAUGUUGAGUGCUGCUGUGUUUCCUUGACUAUCUUUUUUGCUAUUUUUUUGGUGUUGGGAACUGCAGCUAACAUGUCAACCGUGCAGGUUGUAUGGCUACCCCAUCCCCCAUUAUGGGAAAUUUUUAGAUUUUGCUUGCAA